GCAAGCUCCACAUCGCCAAGUGAAGAUUUCGAAGCUUCCAUUACUCAAACCAUUAGAGCUAGCAUUGACUUGAAGCAAGAGCUACAAGACACUGCCUUAGACCAAAUCGACGAGCUUUUCAAACUGGACGCGAGCCAACUGGAACUGGUGGCCCGACUCCGGAACACCGCCCUGGCCUCAGACCAUGAAAGGCUGGACGAGUACUGCGAACAGUUCAACGAGUACUGCGAACGGGUGCAGGAGGUGUGUCGGCUCCUACACCACACGUCGACCACCGAAACCACGCAAAUCACGUCCAAACACUUGGAGCAG